GUUUUACAGCCUCGACACACCUCAAAUAGUAAAACAAAAUCUAUCUUUAAUUUCUAGCCUCUUUCUUCUCUCUCUCUCUAUUUUUCUUACCCUCUUAUUCACAAUUUCAUUACAACCCUUGAAUCAUAAGUACAAAUAUUCAUAUCUCUAUCACAAUCUAUCUCUCUAUAUCAUUGUCACAUUUUUUAUAUUCAUACAUACAUAAACAUCUAUCUAAUAUGCAAAUGAAUAGGAAAUUGAUGCAAUGGAGUACACAAAUUCUCAUGACCCUUUUAUUGAUUCAAAUCAUUCAUGUUCAUAGCAUGAACAACAAUGAGGAAGAUCAUGAAGAGCAUGAGAAUAUGGAGAAGAUGAGUCUAGAACUUAUCCAUAGGCAUGAUUCAAGAUUUCUUGGUGAGGUAGAUCAAGUUGAAGCUAUACAAGGGUUCAUCAAAAGGGAUAUGAAUAGAAGGGAAAUGAUGGAUCAAAGAAUAGCAAUGAAUGAAGGUUAUAAUAAUAGAAGAAAAGACAUUGAAAUGAAACAAGAUUUUGAAUUUUCAAUGCAUUCAGGAAGAGAUGUUGAAAUUGGUGAAUAUUUUGUUGGUGUUACAGUUGGAACACCAGGUCAAAAGUUUUGGCUUAUUGCUGAUACAGGAAGUGAGUUAACAUGGUUUAAAUGUAUGAAAAAGGUUCAUCAUAAUCACCAACAUAAACAUAAACAUAAUAAACAUAAAGGAGGGUCAAAAAAAAAAUCAAGAACAAAAUCUCAUACAACAACAAGAAGAAGGGCUCAUUCUCAUAAUCCUUGUGAUGAUGCAUUUUGUCCACAUCGUUCUCAUACAUUUCAUCAAAUUUCUUGUGCAUCUAAAAUGUGCUUGGCUGAACUACCUUAUUGUUUGUCUGAUUGUCAAAGUCCUUCUGAUCCAUGCCUCUAUGAAGUCAGCUAUGGUAGUGGAAUAUCAUCUGCUGUGGGAUUCUAUGGCACUGACACAAUAUCAAUAAACCUAAGCAAUAAAAAGAUAGGAAAGCUUCAAAAUCAAACAAUUGGAUGUACACAAUCAGUGAUAAAUAGUCCAGGUUUCCCAUAUGAAAAUGUAGGUGGAAUAUUAGCCUUAGGCUUUAGACACCAUUCAUUUGUUGACAAUGCUGGUCUAAAAUUUGGUUCAAAAUUUUCCUAUUGUCUUGUUGACCAUUUGAGCCACAAAAAUGUUUCAAGCUACCUAACAUUUGGAACAGCUCCUAAAGUCAAAUUGUUGAGUGAAAUCAAAAGAACAGAUAUGCUUUUGUAUCAACCAUUUUAUGGUGUGAAUGUUACCGGCAUCUCCAUCGACGAUCAAAUGCUGAAAAUCCCACCAAAGGUUUGGGAUUUUGAUGCUGGUGAAGGGAUGAUAAUUGACUCAGGUUUUACCUUAACAGCACUUGUUCUUGAAGCCUAUUAUCCUGUUGUAGAGGCAUUGAAAAAAUCAUUGCACAAUGUGAAUACAAUUAAUGAUCCAAAUAAUGGUGGUUUGGAAGUUUGCUUUGAUGCAGAAGGUUUUGAUGAGAGUGUUAUGCCAAAGUUAGUGUUUCAUUUUGGUGGAGGAGUAAGGUUUGAACCACCAGUGAAGAAUUACAUCAUUGAUGCUGCACCAAAAACUAAGUGUCUUGGAUUUUUGCCAAUAAAUGGAACACGUAAUUCUAUUAUUGGUAAUAUUAUGCAGCAAAAUCAUCUUUGGGAAUUUGAUAUUUAUAAAAACACUAUUGGUUUUGCUCCUUCUCCAUGCCACUAGAGACUUCUUCUUUGUAUUGAAUGUUUUUUCUUAUUCUCAUGGAGAGAGAUUACAUUUUGUGUAUUUGAUUGAAUUGGAUUAUUAUUCUUUAGUUUUUUUUUUUGUUUUUCAAAUGUUGUGUAAUAUAUCACAUGUAAACAUGUAUCAUAAAUCUAAUUAGAGUUUUUCUCAUGUUAA